AUGACGGAGAUACGGUCCUCGCAAGCUGGUCUGGAGGAUCCGGACCGGCAGGCUCGUCGUGUCUCGAAGAACCCCAACCGGGACGUCAACCGGCCGGAGGAGUCAUCACAACCGACCUCCGAUCCCGACUCCCGCCCAUCGAAAUCAUCCACAAAACAGGCGCCUCCCAUCACCGAUGUCUCAGAAGCAGCGGCCACCUUCCGCCAGGCCUUUCCAAGUAUCUACGGUGGCCGCACCCCGUCGAAUCGCUCCUCGUCCAGCUCCCUGCAAGCCCUCAAUGAGGAUACCGUGGUCGAUGCGCGAUCGGAAAAUGGAAGCAUAGGCAGAAGGCCCCGAAGAACAUCGAGGCAGUCGGAGAGUGAACUACCUGUGUACCCCGAUCAGUCCUAUGCCUCCCUCCAGUCACAAGUCCACCCCACCUGGCAACCACCUCUGGUCGCAGAGCCGGAUCCUCUGCCCCGGUUUGCGUAUGCCCGUGGGGUGCGGACUGCGGGAAACACUCCGCUCUCGAGCCCAGGGCUGUUCUCCAUGAGACAUUCCCGUCACUUUGGAACGCCAUCGGGAUCCGACGAUGAUGUGUCCACUGGAAGCUCCCUCCUCCACCCCUCCCACUUGCAGCCGCCAAAAGAGACGCACACCGCCGCGGUAGAUCGCGACAUAAUCACUGGAAACAAGACCAUCAACCAGUAUGAAAUUUUGGAGGAGCUUGGGCGUGGUGAACACGGGAAAGUGAAACUGGGUCAGCAUGUUGCGACCGGUCAACAGGUGGCCAUCAAAAUUGUACAGCGAUACUCCACUCGGCGUCGGUUAGGCAAACUCGGUAAUCCCGAAGACAAAGUCAAGAAAGAGGUUGCUAUUCUGAAGAAGGCGCGACAUCCAAAUGUCGUCAGUCUGCUUGAAGUUAUCGAUGAUCCGAACCGGCAGAAGGUAUACAUCGUGCUGGAGUACGUGGAAAAUGGCGAGAUCGUCUGGCGCAAAAAAGGUCUCCGAGAAAUCGUUCAUGUCGACAAAUUGCGCUUCGAGCGAGAGAAGAACGGAAUUCCAGACACCCCCGCCUUCUUGGAAGAGAGCCAUCAGUUUAUUCGAACCGCUCAGCAUUUGCGGCGUCAACGGGAACGGGCACGCGAACGGGUUGAGGCACAGGCUGCCGAUGCCCAGCAAGGGCCCAUCCCUGCCUGGAGUUUGGAACACGGUGCAGAGUCCUCGGACGAGGAUGAGGAUACUGGUCUCCCGAUCAGGAGAUCGUCUAGCCGCUCUGUUGCCGUGACAGAUGACUCUAGUCCGUCUUCCGCUCAAGACGCAUCGCUCAACGCCGUCGAAGGCACCAUGUAUGGCGCUUACUCUGAUUACCCAUUCGAACGGCGUUUCAGUACCACCUCCAGCAGCUUUGGUUAUGCCCCUUCGGAACCUGAGUGGUCCGCAGAGGGUGAUGAUAUGGCAUAUGUUCCUUGUUUGACUAUCAGUGAAACCCGCAGCGCAUUCCGAGACUCGGUGCUUGGCUUAGAAUAUCUUCACUACCAGGGCAUCAUCCAUCGUGACAUCAAGCCGGCCAACCUCCUCGUCACCAGCAAUCACCGGGUGAAAAUCUCCGACUUUGGUGUAUCAUACCUGGGCCGACCGAUGCGCGACGAGGAAGAAGAACAAGUGGGCGAGACCGACGCAACAGAGUUGGAUGAUGCCCGUGAGCUGUCCAAGACGGUCGGCACACCUGCCUUCUAUGCCCCUGAGCUAUGUUACACUGGCGAUGACUUCGUGGAAACGAUCGGGUCGAUUCCCAAAAUCACCGGCGCAAUCGACGUUUGGUCUCUUGGUGUUACAUUGUACGGAAUGGUUUUCGGCCGUCUGCCGUUCGUUUCAGAUGACGAGUACAGCAUGUUCCAGACGAUCGUGAAGAAGGAGGUUUUCAUCCCACGAAAGCGCCUGGUGCCCGUCGUUGAUGACGAGUGCGAUUCUAGUCAAUGGAACCUCAGAAGCAGUGAUGAGCUUGUUUAUGAGGAUAUUGACAAUGAGCUAUAUGAUCUCCUGAGGCGCCUGUUGACCAAGGACCCCAUCAAACGGAUUACGUUGAAGGAGAUCAAGCACCACCCGUGGACUCUCCACGGUCUUCCUAACCCUCGCAUUUGGAUUGAGGAAACCGACCCCGGCUACCAAAGCAAGGGCAAGAAGAUCGAGGUUUCGAAUGAAGAAGUGACCAGUGCUGUCAGCAAGGUUCCAUUCAUUCAGCGUGUCCGGUCUAACGUCGCCAAAUGGUUUGGCGGCAAGUCCAAAGACUCCAAGGAGAAGGAGAACCGUAAGCGCACAACGGGCGCAACACCUUCAACUGAAACUUUGUCUUCCACUGCAACCAACAGUACGUUCGGAAAAACUUCGCGCGACAGCCGCCGAUCCAGUUUGCGAGGAGAUGAAGAUUUCUUCCGUCCACUCAAAUUUGGUAACCAGGGACACCCGCUUGCUCAGAGUGUCACUGCCAGCCCAGUCGACAAAGGUGAUUGGGAUUCUUACUUUGAGACGGCACCCCCAGUCGCCGUGAAGCCUUCCGUUGCUGCCAAGUUGGCUGCAGCCCCUCCUCCCACCGUCACACCCCGACCUGGUCCUCCCCGGCGAGCAAAGUCCUCCAUGUCCACGACUGAAUCUACAAAGACGGUCAAGCCAACUAAUUUCGACAUCCCAAUGACUGUCCGACCUCGUUCGGGUGUGCAUUCCUCUAUCAUCGAAGCUUUGGGCCAGACCAAUUUCGGGAGUCUAUUCAGCGGAGCCAGUCGUCGAGCAUCACGAGGUAGUCGCAGCCGACGCACAUCGCCAUCUGGUGAAACAGGAUCUCUGCGGCGAGAUGAAGAGCGUGCCCCGGAGACCAGUACAGCCGAGCCCAGCAUCGCUGUCAGCAACGCAUCUGCACAAGGACAAGUGCGUAACCCCGGUCUAUGGCAUGACAAAGAUCAGCCUUCCGAGGGAUUGGCCCCGGUUCACGCGCACCGACGCAACCGUUCCUCACAGCUUGAGGACCAUUCAUACGCAGACUCUUUCCACGCCACGAGGGAUGCUCUUCGCCGCAGAAGAAGCGACGUUGAUCCUGGCGAGGGCAACCCCCUCCGAGUAGAUUACGCAAUGUACUCGACCGAAUCCCUCCUCCUACCACCCAUCAACCCACCGACCCACCAAUGCCCCGAAACCACGAUCAAUGGGUUGACCUCCACCCCGCCCACCAUUUCUUCCUCUUCCGCCGACGACUUCACCAGUGGCAUGUCGCAAAGUGCCUCGCACCCUAGCAUCCCCUCCGUUGUUUCCAACGCCUCUUCCCUGUCCGCGGACGGCUACUCCUGUAAAAAUGAAGAUAUGGAAGAAGUUCCGUCCAUCCUACGCACCGGUGAAACAGUCAAACCCAGCGGUCGAAGCUCGCCACCCGGGCCCCCUGAAGAAGAUGAGUCCCGCUACUACUGCGACGACGAAGACGAAGAUGAGUCCUCCUCAGAGGAAGAAGUCCUCAUGAUUGGGAAGCGCAAGCCCGCAAAGACUGAUUCGCCUUCGAACUGA